AUGUCCAACCCUGAUCUUGAGUCUUUGAACGGUGGGGAGAGGGGCGAGAGGAAAGGCAAGGGCGCCUCCUCCAAGUCGAAGGACCUGUCACACGUCCCAUGUAAAUUCUAUCGAGUAGGCGCCUGCACUGCGGGUGCAUCGUGUCCGUUCUCGCACACAGCGCCAGAGCCCGGCCAGAGCAAGGACGUCUGUGCAUGGUUCGUCAAGGGCAACUGUAAAUUCGGGCACAAAUGCGCGCUGGCCCAUAUCCUGCCCGGGCAGCCGAUGUCGAUGGACAGGAAGAACAAGAAGGCGGCGCAGCAGGCCAACGCGGCUGCCGGCGGCAAGGACGGCUCCCGCGGCGGCAGAGGCAAGGGCGACCGCGAUAGGCGCCGGGGCGACAACGGCCUGUUCUCCGGAUCGACCGCCCCGACGCGCUCUGCCCGCGCCCCGAUGCCGAUGGCUCUCAAGGCGACCAUCUCGCCCUCGGCGCCGGCCCCGCCCAUCUCAGAUUCGGACUUUGCCGCGUUCGGCAUGCCCGACGAGGCGACCAAACUUCCUUCUGCGCCCGCCACACGCAAGAGCACGUCUGAGGACCCGCCGGCAGAUGUCGCGCCGCCAGAGACGGCUGCUGCAGAUCAUGCAGCUUCUGCUGAGGUCGAGGCACCCUCACGCGACUCUCCUAAACCUCUCCCUACCAGCACGCCUUCGCAGCCUUUACGCAUCAACGACUCGCGGCCAGCUACCGGACUCGCUCCUAUAGGCUCUCCUCGCUCCAACUCCUCUCGCGAGCACGCCAACGGCUUCUCACCCGGCACCUCACCCACCAAGGGCGCCAACAUGCUCUCUACUUCACCCUUUUCCGCCCCAGGAACCCAAACCGCCUUCAACCUCGUCGACAAGUCCGACUUCCGCCUCCGCUCCGGUAUCGCCGCAUCGCUCGGUACACGUUCAUGGGCAGACUACCGUCUUCCCUCAGGCGGUCAAGAUUCCGCUGCAGAUGGCGUUGUAGUCGAAGAAGACGACCUCGAGGAGUUCGUUCCGGGUUCGCUAUCGGAGCUGUUGAGCCCAGAAGAGCGCGAGCGCCGCUAUUCACGAACCGCAGCUACGCAGGCGCUUAACCCGAGUCUCGCGUCUCCGCGUGAUGGCGCUGGAUGGACAGUCAACGGUCGACCUUCAGUCGAAGCGCAUCACCACCGCUAUUCGCGCUCUGUACCCGGCGUCAACCCGAUACAGAACAUGUCCAUUUGGUCGGAUAGUGCCGGCUUCACUGGUACGAGUCCGAACGUGGGCUCGCCGCGUGCAACGGGGAUGGCUGGUAUAGCCGGCACACCAGGCUCGUUCAAGUCGGGCUCCGUGACGGGCGCAGGAAUGGGCGGCCGCUCGUUCGUAGACGACGCGCAGAUCAACGCGUUCCUAAGCCCGACCAACGCAUCAGCGGCGUUCUUACCUGGUACCGCGCAGCACUACAUGAGCAAGAACAACCCCCUCCCACGCACGCUCUCCGACGGCCCGCGCCAGCAAAGCGCGCUCCGCGGCGCAUACGCGAGCACGCCGCCCGGCGCGAACGCCGCGAACCUGCUCGCGCGCCUCAACGAGCCGAUCCAGCCGCAGACCGCCGGGCCCGCGCGCACGCAGUUCGAGCAUGCGCAUACGUCCGAGAGUCUCGGCGGCGCGCCGUACCUCGGCGCGCGCGGCCCGCUCGACCAGCCCGACAUGGCGAGCCCGUCAGCGCAAGCGCUCCAGAUGCACGCGCCGGGCCAAUCGCUCCCGCAAGGUCUGGCCGCAGGCUACUCGCGCAUCCACGCGCUCCCGCCUCCGCCCGUUAUCCCCUCCCCGUCCGCCUCCAGCGCGCUCGGCUCCUUCGUACCCGGCACGUCCUUCAGUGGGCAUCAUGUCAGCGAUUGGAUGGGGAUGAGCCCUGCGAAGGGCGCGGGUCUCACGCUCGAUGGGCAGAGUCCGUAUGCGAUGAGGACGGGGCCCAUGCGGCCUGGGAUGGGCGCGGGGGCUGCGCCUAUUGCUAGCAGGACGCCGAGCGGGAAGAGCUGGGCUGCGCCUACGAGUCCGCUUAGUAGGCCUGUGUUGGGGGCGGGGGAUGAUGAUGAUUUGUUCGUGCUUGAUCAUUGA